CGGGCGUCGGUGUCAGAGCUGGUGUCUUCCUGUGGCAGUGCUACCGAUUUCUUUGUGCUGAGCUCCUGAGACUAUGAGUCAGAGUGAAAGAUUCGUUUUCAUCACAGAGUGGUACGAUCCAAACGCUUCCCUUUUUCGCCGGUAUGAGCUUUUGUAUUACCCCGGGGACGGAUCUGUUGAAAUGCAUGACGUGAAGAACCGCCGCACCUUUCUGAAACGGACCAGGUAUGACGACCUCCACCUGGAAGAUCUGUUCAUCGGCAACAAAGUGAACAUCUUCUCCCGGCAGCUGGUGCUGAUUGAUUACGGGGACCAGUACACAGCUCGCCAGCUGGGCAGCAGGAAGGAAAAAACGUUAGCCCUGAUUAAGCCAGAUGCCGUUUCAAAAGCUGGAGAAAUAAUUGAAAUAAUAAACAAAGCUGGGUUUACUAUCACCAAACUCAGAAUGAUGAUGCUUUCAAGGAAAGAAGCAGCAGAUUUUCAUAUGGACCAUCAGUCAAAGCCCUUUUUUAAUGAGCUGAUCCAGUUCAUUACAAGCGGUCCUGUCAUUGCCAUGGAGAUUUUAAGAGAUGAUGGUAUCAGUGAAUGGAAGAGACUGCUCGGACCUGCCAACUCUGUGGUGGCGCGUGCGGAUGCGCCCGGAAGCAUCCGAGCCCUCUUCGGAGCCGAUUGCAUCAGAAACGCAGCUCACGGCCCCGACUCCUUCGCCUGUGCGGCGCGGGAAAUGGAGUUAUUUUUUCCUUCAAGUGGGGUCUGUGGACCAGCAAACAGUGCUAAAUUUACCAAUUGUACCUGUUGCAUUAUUAAGCCCCAUGCCAUCAGCGAAGGACUGCUGGGGAAGAUCCUAAUGGCCAUCCGAGACGCAGGCUUUGAGGUCUCAGCUAUGCAGAUGUUCAACAUGGAUCGAGCUAACGUUGAAGAGUUUUACGAAGUUUAUAAAGGAGUGGUGUCUGAGUAUAACGAGAUGGUGACAGAAAUGUAUUCUGGCCCUUGCGUGGCAUUGGAGAUCCUGCAGACUAACCCUGCAAAGACCUUCCGAGAGCUCUGUGGGCCUGCGGAUCCUGAAAUUGCCCGGCAUCUGCGUCCCUGCACCCUCCGAGCGGUCUUCGGCAAAUCCAAGAUCCAGAACGCCGUGCACUGCACAGACCUGCCAGAGGACGGGCUGCUGGAGGUCCAGUAUUUCUUCAAGAUCCUGGACAACUAGCCGUGGAGACGGAGGAGCCGCGGCGCGGAGACGAGGACUCAGGCACGGGGAGCACGUUCAUUCUU